UGGAUUUCCAAGACGUAUCCACCGCCCAUGUGUAGCCCACUUCCAGCUCUCAUCCAGUCGUGACUCCCUCCCUCCCUCACUUUCCUAACCGCCUUACUCAUCGGUUUUCCAUAAUGUCCCAUGUCUGCUCUUUAGGUUUUCCCGCAUUUCCAUGUAGCUAGCCGGCUUCGCUCGUCAAGAACGAGAUUUCCAGUUGACCAAAGAAAUGGUGAUGGAGAAGCCAAGUGCCCAGCUGGUCGGGCGAGAGUUUGUCCGACAGUAUUAUACACUCCUGAACCAGGCCCCUGACUACCUGCAUAGGUUUUAUGGAAAGAACUCUUCCUACGUGCACGGCGGUCUGGACAGCAACGGCAAACCAGUUGAGGCCGUUUAUGGGCAAUCUGAGAUCCAUAAGAGGGUGAUGGCUCUGAGCUUCCGUGACUGUCACACCAAGAUCAGGCACGUUGAUGCUCACGCCACCCUGAACGAGGGUGUGGUGGUGCAAGUGAUGGGUGAGCUGUCCAACAACAUGCAGCCCAUGAGGAAGUUCAUGCAGACUUUUGUGCUGGCACCUGAGGGUACUGUUGCAAACAAAUUCUACGUCCACAACGAUGUGUUUCGUUACCAAGACGAGGUUUUCGGCGAUUCUGAUUCUGAGCCUCCAGAAGAGUCUGAGGAUGAGGUGGAGGAGAUCGAGGAGAGGGUCCCCUCCCCUGAUGUCGCUGCUGAGGAGUCUGCUCCCUUCUACGACCCUGUAACUUGCUCAGAGCCGACGGUUCCCGGUGAUGAGGAGGAAGUGGCAGCAGUGAGUCCAGAACCGGAACCAGAGGUGGAGAAGGAGGUCGAGGCUGCGAUUGUGGAGCUGAAGCCUGAGACGAUGCUGGACACACAAACGGACACAAACACAACCGAAGACCAGACAGACGGCAAGAGCCCUGUCACUGCCCCACCCACAGCAGAACCUGCCCCUGUGCCCGCUGAACCCACCCCCACCGCUCCAGAAGAAAACAGGCCGUUCUCCUGGGCAUCAGUCACCAGUAAGAACCUCCCACCCAGCGGGGCUGUCCCAGUCUCAGGAAUCCCACCACACGUCGUCAAAGCCCCUCCCACAGCACCGCCCAGAGUGGAGGUGAAGCCCGAGUCCCAGACAACAACACAGAGACCACAGAGAGACCAGAGGCCGAGGGAACAGAGGCCUGGAGGUCCUCCACCGGUACACAGAGGACCCAGACCAGCUCGGGAAGGCGAGCAAGGAGAGACCGAGGGUCGCAGGGUGUCCAGGUACCCCGACGCCCAGCAGCUCUUCGUAGGCAAUGUUCCUCAUGAUGUAGACAAGACUGAACUCAAGGAGUUCUUUGAACAGUAUGGUACAGUCCUGGAGCUGAGGAUCAACAGUGGAGGGAAGCUACCAAACUUUGGUUUUGUGGUGUUUGAUGACUCUGAACCUGUACAGAAGAUCCUCAGCAACAGGCCUAUUAAGUUCAGGGGCGAUGUCCGUCUGAACGUGGAGGAGAAGAAGACCCGAUCAGCCAGGGAGGGCGACAGGCGAGACAUGAGGCCCCGGGGUCCAGGAGGUCCUGGUGGUCCCAGAGAGCGAAUAGGAGGUGGCGGUGGACCCCGAGGACCCCCCACCCGCGGAGGCAUGGCACAGAAACCCAGCUUUGGCUCCGGGCGAGGCGCCGGGCCCAGUGAGGGCCGUUACUCUGCCCAGCGUCAGUGAGGCCCCCGGGCUCCAAACCUGAGUUGAAUUACUAGUUGCAUCCAACUUCUGAGUGAAUAUUGAUUUACUGCAGCAGGAACCAAUUGGAGAAUAUAUAACAAAGAACCCUUCUUUACAUGCACCUUGGAGCAAAAAUUAGAAGGAAUGAUUAAAUUAAUGUCAGAAUUUGGGUUGCUACACACACAGCCUAAUUUCUGACUCAUGUCCUCCUAAUUCUUUCUCCUACAUGUGAAAGUUCCAAGUACUACGAAGGGAUUUCUGUUAGUAAUUGAUGCAGGUUUGGUUGAGAGAUUUCACCGGCAAGUCGCGCCAGCUCCUGCUGAAAACAACAGCCAGUCUCAACAUCUGUCUCUCAUGAAGAUGGCUGCCUCCUCCUCCCCAAGCUCCCUCCACCUAAUUCUUCUUCUUUCUCACCUGCUGCUUUUUGUUUCCCCUCUGAGGAAUCCAGAAUGUCACUCCUUUUACUUCUCCAUCUCUUCCCCCUAUCCUCCUCUUCUCCUCCGCCUCCACCAACACAUGUAUUAUCUGGACUUUUUUUUUUGUCAUUUUUUUUUUGUUUUGUUUUUCAUGCUGAACUUGAAUUUUAUUAAACAAAUCAAAACUCACAAACACAUGAAAAAAAGGGUAAAUACUACUUGAAUUGGGGAUUUAAAAACCCAGAGGUUAGGUUUUUUUCGCGUUCUCUCUCCCUGUUUCUUAAAGGAACGUGUACUUUACUGCUUGGGCAAUCCUGUGUAUUGCUGCCACCGUUGUAUCUAGCGAUGGAUCUGUCUUAUCUUUUUAUUCUAUCAGGUCAAGAGCUGAACUGUAGUGGUUUUAUUUGAGUAAAAAUGUUGGCUUGUAAUAUGUGGAUUCACGGACGCGUCUGAAUGGAGCAUGUAUCAAAUCCUGUUGGGCUUCUUCUACCGAUGCACUUCAUUGUCAUCAUGUUUAAAAUGAACUCACCUGCCGAUGAGAGAACUAAAUUAAAAGUGAUUUACUGUUUUAAA